CCAACAAGCUGAGGUCUCAGUUCAGUUUCAGCUCCAGCCACUCUUUGCGGGAUUGACACAGUUUGGCAGCAAAAACCUUAAAAACAUGUGGGCUUUUGGGGCCUUAGUUGUAUAUGGAACGGUGUUAGCAGCUGCUCUAAGCACCGAAGAACCAGCCGUUGCUAUCCUAGAAGGCGCUGAAGGUGAAGAAGCCACCACGAACGAAGCAACACCAAAAGACUUGUACGUCAUCAGGAAAGUGGUGUACGAAAUAGGAAUUCUGACCGAUGCAGACAAUAGCACUGACUUCGAUAACAAAACCCAUGAGCAAAUUGACGUUUCCUUCUUCGAUCCGAUUGACAAUGG